AUGGAUGAAUAUGUUCAUGUAGUUAUACACCAUAAGGGUUAUUUAGAAGGUAAUGAUGAGUCAAGUUAUGGGGGUUCAGUUACUGAUGUGAAGUGUGAUGUUGAUAAGAGGAGCUAUUUUGAGGUGUUAGGGAUUGUUAAAGAACUGGGAUAUGAGGAUGCUGGAACAAUAAUAUACAAGGACCCAACAUUUAGUUUGUUUACUUUGACAGCUAAUAAAGGUUCCUUAGAGAUAGUUGAUUUAUGUAAGGUACAUAAGGAUGUUCAUUUGUAUGUGAAACAUUCAGUUUCUCAACCUGAUUAUUAUGAUGGACCUACUAAGGAUGAGCCUGAAAACAUAGUUAAGGAGGUAAUUAAUGUCGAUGAAACUGAGGAUGUCAUUGGAAAAUUGGUUGAAGAAGUUGUGAAUGGUAAAGGAGAUAGUGUAAGUGACUUGAAUAAGGCUGAGGUUGGAGGCACAAAUGUUGAUGUUAAUGGGGCUGAACUUAUGAGGGAGGGUGAGGAAAGGGAUGAUAAUGUUGAUGUUAAUGGGGUUGAUCUUAUGAGGGAGGGUGAGGAAGGGGAUAAUAAUGUUGAGGUUAACGAGGCUGAGGUUAUGAGUGAGGGUGAGGUUGGAGAUAAUAAUGUUGAGGUUGAUGGGUUGAGGAUAUGA